AUGGGUCAUGGAGUUUCAUCUGAUACUACUGGCCAUACAAUAGUUGAACAAAAUUCAAAUGAACAUUAUCUUGGUCUUGUGAAUUUUGGUAAUACGUGCUAUUGUAAUUCGGUGCUUCAAGCUCUUUAUUUUUGUAAACCAUUUCGAGAACGUGUUUUAAAUUAUCGUUCAACACAAAAGAGUAAAAAAGAAAAUUUAUUAACAUGUUUAGCAGAUUUAUUUCAUAUGAUUGUGUCUGGUAAAAGAAGAACAGGUGCAUUACAACCAAAAAAAUUUAUUAAUAAACUACGAAAAGAAAAUAGCACAUUUGAUAAUGAUAUGCAACAAGAUGCACAUGAAUUUCUUAAUCAUUUAUUAAAUACAUGUGCUGAUAUUCUACUUGCGGAAAAAAAAGAAGAAAAAGAUAAACAUGAUAAACAAAGAAAUAAAACAAAUAUUGUUGCUGUUAGUAAUAAUUAUAUACAAUCUAAUGGUGAUGGACAACAUAUUCGAAUACCAAAUAAUUUGAAUGUUAAUGGUGAUAUGGCUAAUGCUAAUUCAUCAAUAGAAGAUACUUGGAUACAUGAACUAUUUCAAGGAACACUUGUAUCUACAACAAAGUGUCUUAAUUGUGAAACGGUUAGCAGUAAAGAUGAAAAUUUUCUUGAUCUAUCAAUUGAUGUUGAAGAAAAUACUUCAAUAACAACAUGUUUACGAGUAUUUAGUAAUGUUGAAACAUUAUCAGGCGAAUCAAAAUAUUAUUGUGAAACAUGUUCCAGUAAACAAGAAGCAACAAAAAGAAUGCGUAUCAAAAAAUUACCACGUAUAUUAGCACUUCAUUUAAAACGUUUUAAAUAUUUUGAAGUAUUUAAACAAUAUAAAAAAUUAUCCUAUCGUGUAGUUUUUCCAUUUGAACUUCGAUUACUUAAUACGUCAGAAGAUUGUACAAAUAGUGAUCGUAUUUAUGACCUUGUUUCCCUUGUUGUUCAUUGUGGUAUUGGUCCAAAUCGUGGUCAUUAUAUAGCUGUUGUUAAACGAGACGGUUCUUGGCUUGUUUUUGAUGAUGAAACUGUUGAUCGACUUGAUCCGUCCAAUUUUGAAGAAUUUUAUGGUGUUUCUCAUGAUCUUGGUCGUCAAUCGGAGACUAGCUAUAUUUUAUUCUAUGAAAGUCGAGAUGUUUAA